GAUGUUUUGAGCAAAUGCUUUUGUGACGUCACGCCGUUUUCUUCAAGUGCAGCCGAACGUAAAGCUUCACUCCGCCGUUGAAGAUUCUCACACACUCACACACACACUCUCUCUCAGAGCAGAAGUCAAACACACAGCACCGCUUCAUUCCUCUCCAGGAUACGUAAGAAACCGCUCGGAAAUUACCUGUGAGGGUCGCAGGAGGAUUUAUCAGAAGUGAAAACAAAAGUUUCUGGUGUAAUGAUGUCACCGGGGAUGUGAUAGAUCUGAAUUAAAGCCUCUCAGUAACAAUAUGGAGUCUGCGGAGAGUCUGCUGUCUCCAACCUCCAGCCAGAACUCCACAAGAACAGCAGAGACCGAGACCAGUACAACACACAGCAAGAGUCAUUUGUUUGGGAUGGUCAGCACUCAGGGUGUGGGUGUUUCUGGAGUGUUUCCUCUGAUCAGUCAUCCUGUCUUCAGUCUGUACUCCUCUUCUCCGCUGCGCUCAGAGUUUGGAGGUCUGGGAACACUGGGAAUGUCUGCCGCUCGUGCUCAACUUACAGCUUUACCAGAUUGGUGGCGUUCAGCAGAUGUUCAGGGAUCAGCAGCCUUUUUUCCUCAUCUUCUGGGUUUACCAGCGUUAUUUACAACACCGUCUCUGAACCAGGAGCAGACCCUCCUCCAGUCUCCCACCGCCAGACAGUCCCCUAACAAAGGGCUGAAUACCAAUGGAAAAGCAAACUGGAGCUCGACCUCCUCCACACCUUCUCCAGAUCAGAGUAAGAAAACCAGCUCAAAACCAGCACUCCACCAGCAAGAGGACAAAACCAAACACACAACAAAAGACAAAAAGAAGCUGUGCAGUAAAUCGUCAGGCGUCUCCAUCAACAGCGACAGCCAAUCAGCUUCCAGCUCUGACAUCUCCACUGAUGCCCUCAGCAGUUCAGACUCUGAUGACCUGGAGGAUGAAGAUGAUGAUGAUGAGGAAGAUGAUGAUCAGAGUGAUGACAGUGUGGACUCUGAAAAGUGUGGAAAAGAGCAGAAAGCUAUCCGCAAGGAUGAAAUGCACACAGACAGGAAGCAGAACUACCACACUUUAGGGAAGCAAACACAGGAUCUUCAGAGUUCAUUAAAGCUGUCGAAACACAUCCAGGCCUUCAGACCCACAGAAGAGUCAAGCAAACACACCAGUGUCAUUCAGCCCACAGGGUUAGCAGUCAGUGCUAAACCACUGGCUCUAGUGACGAGACACAGAGACACCCCGUCCCAUAAAGACUCAAACACUGACCUGCAGCCAUCACCUCCUAAACAAGCCGCUUCUAGCCCUACAGCAAAAACACCGUCUGUGUGUUCCUCUCCUACACCUCCGGCCUGCGGAUCCAGGAAUAACCUCAGCCUGAGCCUUCACCACUUCAGCAAACAGCCCUCGCUACCUCAGGAUCUGAAAAAUGAAGUACAGAGAAUCCAAAAUCUUCCAUGCAGCAAUCCAUUCCUCAAAACUCUUCCUACCGAGAAUAAUCAUCAUCAUCCUGGUGAAGUACAGGAGGCUCCUCUCGCCCUCAUUACCAAACCUCGCUCCCAUAAACCACUGCUGAAAGCCACAAAUCCAGCAAUUAGCAGUCCUAUUAAUCUCAGUACUACAACACGCAGCUCUGCUUUACCCAAACCUGGCCAAAAAACAGGACAGAGGAUUAUAAAGAGGGAGAGAAUCUCAUUGGCGGAGAGCAUUAUUGGGGCGGAGUCUGAGCUCAUGAAUAAUAAAGACUCUGAUGACUCGUUAAUGGAGGACGAGGAUGGAAAUGACGCUUCAGAUGACAGUGUUUCAGACUCUGACAGCAACUUAGAGAGUGAUUCUGACGAUGAAGAGCUGGACACAGAUGUAGAAACGGACAGAGCGCCACUCAAACUCAGCAAAUCCUCAGCAUCUGUGCUAGACUCCUCCUACAACACUAGCCCCACCCCGCUCAAUCUGCAAGUUCAUAAGACCUCCAUCGCAGCCACGCCCACCAUUGUGACCAGCUCUGGGAAUUCAGCCAAUCACAAUUCAUCGUUCUCGCCUUACAGUGUGACCACACCCCCAGGUAAAAGAAGAAGAGUCACAGAUGAAUCUGCAUUACGAAAACCUCUAGAAUAUGGGUGGCAGAGAGAGACACGCAUCACCAGCAUAUCUGGCCGUUUGCGUGGAGAAGUGGCGUAUUUCGCUCCAUGUGGUAGAAAACUCAGACAGUACCCGGAUGUCAUCAAGUAUUUGACCAGAAAUGGAAUAACCGACAUUACACGCGAUCAUUUCAGCUUCAGUGCUAAAAUAAAGGUUGGAGACUUCUAUGAAGCCAGAGAUGGACCGCAGAAAUUGCACGUCAGGUGGCUCAGAUGAAGCUGAUGCGGAAACUGGAGAAACAAGCUCUGGCACGAGCAGCAAAAGAGGCCAGGAGACAGCAAGCAAUCAUGGCAGCAGAAGAGCGGCGCAAACACAAGGAGCAAAUGAAGAUCCUCAAACAACAGGAAAAGUUCAGGAGAAUCCAGCAGGUCCGAAUGGAGAAGGAACUACGAGCUCGACAGGUUUUGGAGGCUAAAAGGAAAAAGAAGGAAGAGGCUGUCAGCGCCAAAAUACUAGAAGCUGAAAAGCGAAUAAAGGAGAAGGAGCUGCGCAGACAGCAGACCAUCAUUCUUAAGCACCAGGAGCGGGAGAGACGUCGUCAGCAUGUGAUGUUGAUGAAGGCGAUGGAGGCCAAGAAGAAAGCAGAGGAGAAAGAGCGACUCAAACAGGAGAAACGAAACGAGAAACGACUGAACAAAGAGCGCAAACUGGAGCUCAGACGUCUGGAGCUGGAAAUGGCCAAAGAGCUCAACAAACCCAAUGAAGACCUGUGUCUGGCGGACCAGAAGGUCCAGAAGAGUUGCAGCGAGAGCGAGAGAGGAUGAAGAAUGCUCCUCUCAUCCAGGUCAAAGAAGAACCAUCAGAGGAACAAGAAAUAAAAUGCAACACCACAGAGAUAAAACAUAAUGCUACACAAGACGCAGAUUCCUUUAACCUCUUCCUGCAGAAACCCGGCUCUUUCUCCAAGUUCAACAGGCUUCUGGAAGUGUCCAAACUCCGGCCUUCAUUACCUACCAGCCCUGUUCCCGAAGGUAAUAACAGCUACCUCUCCAACGGCCGUAAUGAUCAGCUCUUUAAGGUUUUGACGGAGAGAAAUGCUCAGUGGUUCAGUCUGCUGCCACGCUCUCCAUGUGACGGAUCUUCUCUGACUGAAGGUCCAGUUUCAGCAUCUUCAUCUCCACAGCCCACAGCGCCCUCUGCUGGAGCUCACUGCACUGCGCACAUCAACAGCUUCCCACUCACAGCGCUGCAGAAGUCUGGCAUGCCCAUAUUAGAUCUGCCGUUCUGCGCUUGGCCCAAUGGAGGUUUGAGACCAAACAUGUCGUUCUCUGGGGUCUCCAUGGCUCAGAUUCUCAGUGGUUGUGGUCUGCUUUCAGAGGACACUAAAAACCUGAGCAAUAAAAAGAGUGAAGCUCCUGAAUCUCCAACAGAGAAAGCCCUCUCUACACCUUCACCUGUGAUCGAGGCGGUGAAAAACCAUGAUUACCCGUUACCGCAACCCAUUCCUGAAGAGAUGUUGACCGGCUGGUGGAAAGUGUCCUCUGUGGAGGAGCUGCGGUCCAUAGAAAAAGCCUGUCAUCCCAGAGGGGUUCGAGAGAAGCAGCUGCAGAAACAGCUGCAGAAACACAUGGACUAUAUAGCUCUGAUCUGCAGCAGAAACAGAGACGUGUCUGUGAUGGAGGUCUCGCAGCUGAAGCACAAUGGUCUCACUGAGGAGACAGUGCAACACUGGUGUGUGGAGGAGCAGGCCAUGGAGGUGGACAUCAGUGUCCUGCAGCAGGUGGAGGAGCUCCAGCACAGGGUCACCUCUGCCAGCCUGCAAGCCAAGGGUUGGAUGCAUCCAGCGCCACAGUCCCAGAGUGAACACCUGGUAUACCACGAGCACAAACCUGACACUGUAAACUCUGGCGACAGCAGUGAGAGUACAGUCGUGCGUCGAGCGAACAAUCCGCUGGAUGUGGCCGUGAUGCGUCUGGCGGAGCUGGAGAGGAACCUGGAGCGCCGCUAUCUGAAGAGCCCUUUCAGCAGCAGCACUGUGCAGAUCAGACUGCUGGAGAAUGUGGGCACAGUCUCAGUACCAGCGCCUGCUCCAUCACAUGCUGGAGCUCAUGCUGACCGGGCUGAAGAAGAAGUGUCUCCAGGAUUGCGGCAGUGGCGUAAAGCUCUCAGCGAGGUACGCAGCUCCAGUCAGCUCUCUCUGUGUUUGCAGCAGCUGCACAAGUCCAUCGCCUGGGAGAAAUCCAUCAUGAAAGUGUUCUGUCAGAUGUGCUGUAAAGGAGACAAUGAGGAGCUGCUGCUGCUGUGUGAUGAAUGUGACAAAGGCUGCCACACGUACUGCCAUAAACCCAAGAUCAGCACCAUACCAGAUGGAGACUGGUUCUGCCCGGCCUGCAUUUCACAGGCGAGCUGUGAAUCCCUGAAGACCAAGAAACCCUUGAACCGUUCAGGACUGAAGAAACGACAGAGAAAAGCAUCUGCAGCCGGAGACUCAGAGGACGAUUCAGCCAACAGCACUUCCAGAAGACAAGCGAAAGAGAUCAAAAAGAGGAAAACAGAGGAAAGUCCUUUCACAGCCCCAGUGAAGCAGGAGAAACACAGAGACGACAGUAAAGACCUGGCCUUGUGCAGAAUAUUGUUGGCUGAGCUGGAGGGUCAUCAGGAAGCAGGGCCGUUUCUGACACCCGUAAACCCUAAAUCUGUCCCGGGAUACCGCAAGAUCAUCAAGAAACCCAUGGACUUCUCAACUAUCAGAGACAAACUCGCCAGCAGCCAGUACUUGAAUCUUGAGACUUUUAUUAUCGACGUGAACCUGGUGUUUGAUAACUGCGAGAAAUUCAACGAGGAUCAUUCAGUCAUCGGCCGAGCAGGACACGCGAUGCGGAGGUUUUUCCAGAGGAGAUGGACUGAGCUGUUGAGGAAAAACUCCACGAAAACCAAUGUAAACUCAUGAGACGCAAUACACACACUCAUUUUUACACCUCAUUCACACACACCUCGCUCGCUCCAGCACAGCGACAACUGAAGGGAAUUAUCCUAACACUACCUGUACAUAUGACUGUUUUGUUUUUUAAAUAAACGUUAAUAUUAUAGUGGA